AUGAUGGGCUCAGAGAAUGACGAAGAGUCCCAUCUCCAUGCUUCCAAGGAGGACAUGGAGAAUCUCUUCCUCCGCGACGAUGGCGAUCCCUUGACCAAAACCGAUGUCAACGGCGACAAAUCCAACUCUAAUUAUCGCAGCGCCAUGUCAACUCUCUCUGACUCGCGUAACCCGCUCUCGCCGCCGCCGAUUGUCGUGACUCCGGCCGAUUCCGAUCCGCUUUUCGCGCCGCCUUCGUACAGCGAUUUUCGGAGCCCCCGCUCUACUAAGCCUAAACCAAUCAACGGCGACAACAGCUCUUACAUCGACCCUCCGUCUUACGCCGACGUUCUCUUCAGCCCAUUCGAUGAGACCUCCGUCAGCGAGAUCAACGGCUCAGAUGAUGGAAGCCGUCAUAGUCAGUCCUCAGAUUCACUAUCUAGAUCUCCUUCUUCUCUGAGCUCCGAUUAUACCAAGAUCACUGUUUCCAGCCCUCAGAAAGACCAGGACACAGCAAGCUCCAUGAUUUCUGGAGGAAGCACUUACAUCACCUACCAGAUUACAACCAGAACGAAUCUCCCUGAGUACGGCGGAUCGGAAUUUAGCGUGCGGAGAAGAUUCAGAGAUGUUGUUACAUUGGCGGAUCGGUUAGCUGAGUCGUACAGAGGGUUCUGCAUCCCACCGAGGCCAGACAAGAGCGUGGUGGAGAGCCAAGUGAUGCAAAAGCAAGAGUUCGUCGAGCAGAGGAGAGUCGCUCUGGAGAAGUACUUGCGGAGGCUCGCUGCACAUCCUGUGAUCAGGAACAGCGACGAAUUGAAGGUUUUUCUUCAGGUGGAAGGGAAGCUACCAUUGCCUACGAGCACAGAUGUGGCCUCUAGGAUGUUGGAUGGUGCGGUGAAGCUGCCGAAACAGUUGUUUGGUGAAGGCGGAGGAGCCUCUGCGGUUGAGGUGGCUCAGCCGGCUAGAGGAGGUAGAGAUCUGCUGAGGUUGUUCAAAGAGCUUAGACAGUCAGUGUCUAAUGACUGGGGUGGAUCAAAACCAGCCGUUGUGGAAGAAGAUAAAGAGUUCUUGGAGAAGAAGGAGAAAAUGCAUGAUCUUGAGCAACAGAUCAUUAAUGCUUCACAACAGGCUGAGUCUCUUGUGAAGUCACAGCAAGACAUGGGGGAGACAAUGGGGGAAAUGGGAUUAGCAUUCAUUAAGCUGACGAAAUUCGAGAACGAAGAAGCUGUCUUCAAUUCUCAGAGAGCUCGUGCCAAUGAUAUGAAGAAUUUAGCCACUGCUGCUGUAAAAGCAAGCAGGUUUUACAGAGAGCUGAAUUCUCAGACGGUCAAGCAUUUGGACACACUUCAUGAUUACCUUGGCCUAAUGAUGGCGGUUCAGGGAGCGUUUGCAGAUAGAUCUAGUGCUUUACUGACAGUGCAGACGCUUCUGUCUGAGAUUUCUUCAUUGGAAGGAAGAGCGGAGAAGCUAGAAGCUGCAUCAUCCAAGAUAUUUGGCGGUGACAAAUCAAGAAUUAAGAAAAUAGAAGAGAUAAAAGAAACCAUCAAGGGCACUGAAGACGCCAAGCAUGUUGCAAUCAGGGAGUACGAGCGCAUCAAGGAAAAUAACUGGUCCGAAGUUGAAAGGCUUGACAGAGAAAGGAGUGCAGACUUCUUGAAUAUGAUGAAAGGGUUUGUUGUUAAUCAGGUUGGAUAUGCAGAGAAGAUCGCUAAUGUGUGGACAAAGGUGGCAGAGGAGACGAGUCAAUACGCUAGAGAGAGCUCUUAA